AGAGAGAGUCUGCGUGUAGCUAAAAGAGGGACGAACGAAGCAGAGCCGUUAUCUAUCCAGAGACGCACCAGAAAAUCAAUCUUCUCUCAAUCUCUCAAAUCAUCACAUCCAUCGCUUUCUCUCCAUUUCCAUCUGCAAUCUUCGAGAUAUUUUGCGUUUUGAUUUCGUUUUCUCUUCCACCCUUUUUCCAAUCCGACUCCCUUAGGGUUUUUUUCAAGAACUUUCAACCAUGGUGUACGAUUCGAUUGCUAACGCUUCGAUCCCCACUGCUGCAUCAAACUCCAAGGAUUUUGGAAAGAAAAAGAGGGUGAACAGGACUGCUAAAUUGAAGCAGAGCAAGCUUGACGUUCGUCGGGAACAGUGGCUUUCUCAAGUUAAGAACAGGGGAUUCAAAGAAGAAACAAAAGCUACUCGUGUUACAAAAAUGCCUGCUCCGGAGACACAUGCAACAACAGAGACACAUGCAGCAACAGAGAGAGAGCAUCCGAUCGUGAAAUUGGAAAUCAGUGUUGGUGGGGAAGAGAACGAGAGUUUGAUGAAUAAUUACAGUGAUUCCGAAUCUCCCUCCAACAGUCCUACCAGUCAUACAAGUAGCGUCUCCGAAAGCAACAUAUCCGUUACUAACUUCACCGGUAGUAGCAGCAGAAGCAGCUGCGGAAGUAGCAGUAGCAGCGGCGAUUGUUGUUCAGGAAGCAUGACAGAUGAAGAAGAUGACGAGGAUGAUGGAUGCUUGGAUGAUUGGGAAGCUAUAGCCGAUGCUCUUGCAGCAGCCGAUGACAUUCAGAAGUCACCUGUCGAUGAACAUCCUCUCACCCCACCUGAGCCAGAGCAACCUGUGUUGACUCCGGCAGGUAGUACCAAUUUCCGGGCAUGGAGACCCGACGAUGUUUCCCGCCCUCAGAGUCUCCCAAAUCUAGUAAAACAAAAUAGUUUCCCGAUGAAAUCAGGGAGUAGUGCAUUUCCUUCUUCUUGUCCUAUAUGUUGUGAAGAUCUGGACAUGACAGAUUCAAGUUUUCUUCCAUGUCCAUGUGGUUAUCGACUCUGUCUUUUCUGCCAUAAAAGAAUCCUUGAAGAUAAUGGGCGUUGUCCAGGGUGCCGGAAGCAGUAUGAGAGCCAUGGAAAUGCAGCUUCUUCAAAGUUUGGUCUCUUUGGUUGUUUGGUUUGGUUGGGUACACUUUUAGACACCGGCAGUAGUGCUAGGUUUGUCAAUAUAGACAGUAUAUGUAUAGAGGAUCACAGCCAUGUGAAGAAAGUUGACUGGUUCCACCUGCAAUACGUUAGGUAUUAUCCCCGGGCUCCAGGAUUUAUGAUUCUCGAUUUCCUUUUGUUUUUGGAUGUGUUGUGA